AUGCAUAUCUCACGUUGUUUACAGAAGCUGAGAUCACGACCGGUUGAAAACUGCCUAGGAGUGAUCCCAUUAGAGAAGUUGGAAGAUACUCUCGCAGACUUAUUUGCUUUGUCGGACGGCGAAAACUCCGAAGACGACAAUGAGAGUGAUGAAGACGAGAAUGAAGCAGUUUUCUCAUCAUUUACCAGUACAGCACCUGAGGAUAUUUUAUUUGGAUCUGGUCUGAAUGAAUCACAGCCAACAACAUCAACAGUUUCGAUCCUUCCGUCAUCUUCUAAUAUGGAUAUAUCUGCCACACAUGAUAGUAUUACAGUUACACAAGCUGAUGACACGGAUAACUCGGAAGACAGUUCAGAAAAUAACUCGGAAGAUGAUGGCGAUGAAGAGUGGAAAAAAGUGCAAUUUCCACACAUCCCGCCUACUGAGAAAUUUGAUGAAAUUUUACUGCGACCAUCACAGUUUUUUCCUAAUCGAAAGAUUGCUAAUGUUAUGACAGUGAAGAGAUUUAAAAAGAUUUUGGCAAAUUUACACCUAAACGACAACAGUCAAAUGCCCAAGAGAGGUGAAGAAGGAUCGUACAAACUUGCCCAAACUUAUAAAAAACCAAAAAAAAAGAAAGAUGAACCUAAACCGCCUCCUCUGGUACUAGCUAAAGGAGAGUACAAAUGGCGAGUCAACCAGAACGUCGCAUUUUUUGUAUGGAAAGAUACUAAAUUGGUGUAUGUAUUGAGUACUGCUUAUCAUCCCCGUCAGAAAACAACAUGUAGAAGAACGCAGAAGGAUGGUUCGAAGUCUGACGUUUCUUGUCCCAUAGGAAUCCUGGAGUAUACCAAAAGAAUGGGAGGAGUUGAUAGAUUUGACCAGAAGAGAGGUACAUACUCCAUCGCAAGACGUAGUAAGAGAUGGUGGAUGCGAAUAUUUUACUUUUUGGUUGAUUCUGCCAUUACAAAUGCCUAUAUAAUAUACACCCAAAAUGACAGAGUGCACAACCCUAUGACCUCCUUGCAUUUCCGCACCGUGCUCGCACGUAACCUGAUAGACAACUUCAGCUCCAGGAAAAGGACUGUGGCACAAUCGACCAACUUUGUAGCUAAAAAACCAAAAGGGCCAACAAGUAGACAGAAGGCCAUUCACGGAAUACCUGAUGAACUGAGGUUGAAUGAUGUGGGGUCUCACAUGCCAAUGGAGCUACCCAAAUACAGAAGGUGCAGAGCAUGCAGCAGCAAAAACCUUAACAAAACAUCCAAAAUACAGUGCACAAAAUGCCAAGUUCCAUUGUGCAUUGUACCAUGCUUUGCUCAGUUCCAUACACCCUGA